AUGGCAAAGUUCAAGCCACCGGAAAACUUCAACUUUGAGAAACCGGGAGAAUGGCCGUCGUGGAGACAGAGAUUCGCACGAUUCAGGUCAGCUUCCAAGCUAAGCCUCGAGGAUGCCGACGUCCAGGCAGUGCUUAUGGUGAGGCAAGCUGAAGAGGUAGCACAACAGAUAACCCAGCAAGAGCAGCAGGCUCCACUGGCGGUGCAAGCAGUGAAACAAAAGAGGUUCGUGAAGAAAGAAGGGAAACCGCAGGGAGAGAGGAGCGGAGGACAGCAGCACGGCUACCAAGGGGAGAGCAAGUGCAAUCGAAUGGUGCGCGCCAAUGGUGCCAGUCCUGAAGCCGUCAGAAUCUGUGUAGGGCUCCAGAAGCUGAAUGAGAACCUGAAGAGAGAAACCUACCAGCUACCUACCACAGAUGAGACGCUGGCUAAGCUGGCGGGCUCCACCAAGUACCUGGUUGGCAUGGACAAAUUUAGACUCAUAACAGAUCACAAGCCGCUGGUGCCGCUGAUAAACAGCAAAGACCUAGACGCGGUGCCUGUUAGGUGUCAGAGACUUUUGAUGAGGCUUAUGCGCUUCAAUGCAAAGGCCGAGUACGCACCGGGCAAAACGUUGGUCAUAUCCGACGCACUGUCACGCAGCCCGCUGAAGGAGAGCUACAGCACUACGGAAGCAGUCAUUGCGAGCCACGUGAACGCAGUGACACACAGCUGGCCUGUCUCACAAAGCAAGCUGGACCGGAUCAGGACAGCCACGCAGGAGGACCCACAGCUCCAGCACGUGAGAAAGCUGAUCAGGGAUGGAUGGCCCAAACGAGACGACCCACUAUUGGCUUUAAUGAGCUACCGCGCCACCCCCACCACAUCCACAGGAGUGAGCCCGGCAGAAAUGCUCAUGGGGCGUAAGAUUCGCACCACACUGCCAUCUCUAAAGAAAAACCUCAUUCCAAAGCAGCCAAACCGUGACCUCAUCCGUCGCCGUGAUGAAGAAGCCAAACAACAACAGGCAUUCUACUACAACCGGAGACACGGAGCGAGGGACUUGCCACCCUUGCACACAGGUGACCACGUCCUGUCCAAGCUGGACGGGGAGAAGGUGUGGAAAGGUCGAGCAUCGGUGCAGCAGGAGUGCGGCACGCCGCGCUCAUACCAGGUGAAGUCGCCAGGAGGAGGAGAGAUGGGGAGAAACAGGCGUCAUCUUCAACAAGUGCCGCCACCGAUGGAAGAGGAGAACACAGACUCUGGGCAACCUGCCACAGAGCCAGAGCAAGAAGCACCACAACACGGCUCUGACCAGGGACUGUGUGAGAGUAAUGUUAAGAGUCCUACAAUGGGUGUGGGAGCACAGCUGGUGUGUCCUCAACAGGUGUUCUCUCAGUCUGAUAACUUGACUGAUGGCUGGAUCUACCCGCUGAGCUUUGACCAGGUCACUGUGACUGAUGCUCCUCAAUUUGGCAGGAAGAGGCUGGUGGGAGUCCGGGGCAGUAGUGUUGAGAGCGGCGACCCAAGCAACGUCUUUCUGCUGGGCGGCGUGGCUCCCAUUCCAUGCAGCUCGAACAGCCUCAUCUGA